CAACGACGUUUGUUUGCCGAUCGUGACGAGGAAACACCAUGCACCACUCAGCUCCACAAUCUACGUUUCACGAUUGACCACUGACCACCCUCUCCACUCUUCCGCCCGCCGCCAUGUCCACCGACACCGCACACCGCGAUUCCUCCUCCUCCGCUCCCUCUGACCCUCCUCGCCCUCCGACACAUGCUCCUAAUAAUUUCAACCGUCUCUCCAAUCCGCUUCUCUCUACGCUUUCCUACUUCGCCGAGCCCGUCCGAUACACCACCUCAUCUCUCUUCCGCAGGAUCAGCGAGGACGAAGCCCCCACUCCGCUGGCCAAAGCUCUCAGCGCAAAUUACAACGGCUCCAUGACUGAUCCCACGACCGGUGUCUACCACCCGCCACAGCAACCCAUUCGCAAGCGAUCGCCCUUUCAACCUCCGCCUCUUACUCCCUUGACAUUAGAAGGCUACAAACAUGGCACCAGCCACAAGGCGAAGCUCUUACGCAAAGCUGUAGCCGAGGAGAUCCGCUUACUGAUCCCUCCACGAUUGCAAUUGCAAGAGAAAUGGCACCUCAUAUACUCCAUUGACCAGAAUGGCAGCACACUAUCAACUGUGUACAACCUCUGCGACCCAUACCGAGGCAAGCGCGGAGGCUUCGUUGUGGUGGUGCGUGAUGCAUCAGGCGGUGUUUUCGGCGCAUACCUCUCCGACCCACCUAAACCUCAAUCUCACUACUAUGGCAAUGGCGAGUGCUUCCUCUGGCGAGCAAUGACCUUGCCCGCUCUGCCCGAUCUCAUGGAUCUCCCACCACCGCCGAGCGAAGACACGACACACGCGCAGCGCAUGACCACCAUCGGCGUGCCGAGGACAGAUAGUAGUGCAUCCCUUGCCUCACUGAAAGUGCCAGGAACAAACGGACACAAGAAUGGGACUACAACACCUGAAAGAAUACGCUUCAAAGCGUUUCCUUACACUGGCGAGAACGACUUCACCAUCUUCUGCCAGCAGGACUAUUUCAGCGUGGGCGGAGGAGAUGGACACUACGGGCUGUGGCUGGACCAAAGCUUGGGUAAUGGCGUGAGUGCGACGUGUCCCACCUUUGGCAAUGAGCCUUUGAGUGAAGAAGGGAGCAAAUUCGAUAUCAUGGGAGUCGAAAUUUGGUAUGUGGGAUCAUAGAAUACAGAACUCGAUCGGGAAGAGACGAAAACAGUUCAAAUGAGAAGAUACGGUGAAGAAAAUAUAUGCUGCAAUACCAAAGGCAUGGCGAGGCGUUUUGCUGGGAUCGCAGGUGGCGUUUUGAUGUGCGUGAUGAAUAGAAGAUACCCAGGAUCAAAAUGAAAUGAUUGGCUAUUGCUUGGACAUGAAUAUCAAGCAUGCGAUUGCAUCAAAGUUCCAGAAUCAGGACUGGCUGCUCAAGUGAAUGUGGUAGGGGUUUGAGU